AUGAGGUUAGUAGUGACGGCUGCAGUAGCAUUGCUGGUGUUGAGCCGUUGUAGUAGUUGUGCCUCGGCGGAAACUGAAGAUAACGAGUUCGCCGAAUUCGAGGAUGAGGAGGUGGAAGAGGUAGAACAGCCACAACCAGCUAGUCAUAGCACCGACAAGAAAGCUGCAAAAGAAGAAGUUCAAAAACAGAAGACAGACGAUUUUGAUGACGACUACGGAGUUGUGGAAGAUGAGGAAGAUACGAAGGAGAAAGAGGAAUUUGCUGAUGUGCCUGCCCACUUCCGGUCAAAUUGGGCAUCCUAUCAAGUGGAAGCUCUGGUUCUAGCAUUGAUUGCCAUGUAUCUACUUAACUAUGUUAUUGGUCGAAACACUAAUCAAUCGAUGGCAUUGGAGUGGUUCGAUAACGUCAGAGGUCUGCUCGAGCAGCAAUUUGCCUUGUUAGAACUGGAUCCUGUGAGCUGGAUCAUUUGUGAGAUCUUUGGACAAAGAGUGGACAGAAGAAGUCUGUUGUGA